AUGGCCGGGCUCCCCGCAGCUUCCACCAUGCAAACAGCCCAGCUCGGAGCCCCGAGCAGGGACCAAGUUUUUGCGGACUAUAUCAGCUACUACCGAGCUAGGGGGUUGGAGGGUGAACUCGGGGUCUGCAAGCAAGCGGCGCUCAGAGAGCAAGCCAGACAAUUCCUGGCCUGCGCUUCCCACCUGCCCAACGGGUCGCCAAGGUUUCACUUAUCCAGUCUGGUGGAGAGUUGCUGCUUAGGUGGGGCAACGGACCGGGAAAGGCAAACCUGCCGCAGGGUGGUCCAGGCGCUGGAGUUCCUGGAGCUGAUCUGUGUCAACCUGUUUCUUUCCCCUUGGAGAAGUGAAAUCAAAUCACUCAAGACGUUUACGGGAACCUUUGUGUACUCCGUUCGAUCCGGCCUUCCCAGAAACCUGGCGGAAAUGGUCCUGGAGAAGCUGGGCUAUGCUGCCAUCACAGCGACAGAAUUCUCGUUGGUCAGGAAGAUCGAGGAGGAGGAGGCCAAGCAGAUCGCAUUUGAGAUGUUUCUUGCCAGAAUGGAGUGUGAAAUCUUCCUGGAAGAGAGCAGCGAGUGUCAUCCCACGGAGCUGUGGGAAGAGGUCCAAACAGGUGGCAGGCGGGACCUGGAGGGCAUGCCGAUGCCAGGGAAACCCGACCCUCCCCAAAGGAGCCGCGGGGGCAGCCCCGGGAUCCCCGGAGGAGAGAGUGGGGAGGGGUCAGCCCAGAGCCCAGCUGGGUUCUGCCCCUCCAUCAAUGCCCCUGCCGAUCGGACACCUGCCCCGGGCCCGGCUACCCACGGGUCCGGACACCUCUCUGGCCGGGUUUCGGACAGUGAGGAGUUCCUCAGCAGGUACAGUGACAUCUUCAUUGGGCAGACCCCCAUCUUCCCAGAGGACUGCUCUCCAGGCCACCAGAAGAGGCCUCUGGCCACGGGCCCUGCUGCUGCCUGUGAACGAUGCAUCCUGGCCAGGCCUGCUGCAGCCACCAGGCCCAUCGCUCCACUGCUCCUGCCGGGAGACAGCGGACCCCGGGCCCUGCCCAUGUUUGCUGAUGUUCCCUCUGGCUGGGCUCAGGCUCCAGGCCCACGCAAAGCCCUCGAGUGGCCGCCCGCAGUCGGCCACGUAGAUUCCUUUGAGGAAAAGGAGGAGGAGGAGGAGAAGGAGGAGAGGAAACAGGAGCAGGAGGAGGAGCAGGAGGUCGCCACUUCCUCCCGACUGAGCUCCCCGCCAGGCCACCAGCCUGAAGCCCCCACCCCUAGGGCUCUGUGCAGCCCCUCAGGCAGUGCCACCCUGGGUCAGGACUCCUCCAGCGAGGACAAGCUGGGGGACGUGUCCUCCUCCUUCAGCCAGCUCAACAUCAGGACAGUCAGCAACGAACAGCUUGCACAUAUGGGCAUGGAGCCCAACGGAGAGGGGAGCCCCUGCUCAGCUGAGGGAGGACCUCUGGGCCCCAGGCCUCUGCCGUCCUCCGAGCUAGCCGCCGACCUCUGCAGCCGGCGCCCUUCGGAAAGCAGACAGGGGCCCGAGGAGCCUUCUGACCUCCAGCGAGCCACUUUGGUCUCCCACCACGUUCGAGAGCCUCCCAGGGCCACCUACAUGCCCCCUGGGGCCCUGACAUCCCAAUGUGCCGGCAACACCCAACUGUCCACUGUCCCUGCAGGAGCCCGGCCUCGGCCAGAGUGCAGCGAGCCCAGCUUCAAAGUGGCAACCGCUGAUGGGGCAGGGAGAGGCACAGACGAGGGAGACUGA